UUGUGUUAUUGAAAUUUCUUGAUUAUUUGAGUACAUGCCAAACAUAUCACUUUUAUUUUAUUAAUAAUAUUAUAUUUUUAUUAUCUUUUCCGUUGUCAUUCUAACGACGACAAUCGAUAAAGUUGAAAUUGCGUUUGAAAAAUUAUGGGCUAUCAACUUGCCCAUAAAAACUUAUAUUUUAUACAAUAAUUUUUUUUUGUAUUUAAGAUUUGUUCGAAUUUUUUAGUAUUAGUAACAUUGUGUUAUAAUUUUUAUCAUGAAAUUAAUUAUAUUAUUAAUUGUCAUAAAAUUCUUAUUUUUGAGAAUUUGCUUUACUGAAAUUACUGAAGGAACUAUAGAAAAUACAUUGAAUAUUUGCUGUCAAAAAGGUAAAAUUUGGAGUGCUGAAAACAAAUUUUGUAAUAUAUCAUUACAAUUUCCACUAUUUGGAGUACCUUCUGAACAUAGUUCUAUAUGUUUAACAACAGUUGGUGCAUGUUGUAUGAAUUCAUUAAGGGAAAUGAGAUGUUUAGAGGGUAAAAUAGCUGCACUUUCUGAUGGGUCUUGUGAUGAAAAAACUGAGUUAGGAAAGAGUCAAGUUGAUUUUAUGAUGUGCUGUGAAUUAUGUAAAAUAGGAAUGUUAGCUAAGGUAAUUCAGAAUACUUGUAAACUUAUGAACUUAUUUAUUGGAAGCCAAUGGAAUGAAUUGUAUUUAUCUUGUUGUAAUGCUGCAAGUGAUAAAAUGAAACCAAGUCCUUUAGUAUCUCUAAAAAUGUCAAUAAAAAAAGAAACAGAUCCUUGUAGUAGUGGAAUUCACAACUGUUCAAGGAAAGAAAAAUGUGUGAGUAUUCCAAAUGGCUACAAGUGUGUUCCCUAUUCUACACCAUUGCCUAUUCCAUUAUCUCAAAAAAAUUUAAGAAUACAAAAUCAACCAAGAGCUUGUGAUCCUGGAUUUGCUUUUGAUAUUUUCUCUCAGAAAUGCAUAGAUGUUGAUGAAUGUUCUGAAUUACCAUGUGAAACUAAUGAACUUUGUGAGAAUACUAUUGGUAGUUUUAUAUGUCACUGUAAAAAUGGUUUUCAACAAGAUAAAAUAACAAAUGCUUGUACAGAUAUCAAUGAAUGCCAGUUAAAUUUACAUGAAUGUGGUGAAUCUCAAAGAUGUGACAACACAGUUGGAUCUUAUCAAUGUGUUCGUUUCACAGGAUGUGGUACAGGAUACACAUUAGAUAUAGAUUCUGCUAUGUGUGUAGAUGAUGAUGAAUGUUUGCUAAAGACUGAUUCAUGUGGUCUUUUAGGACCUGAAUAUAUAUGUAGAAAUACAUUAGGAUCUUUUAGAUGUGAAAGGAAACGUUCAUGUAUUGGGCCUAAUUGCAAUAAAUCUUCUUCAUUACCUUUUUUCAAUAAUACAAUGAGUUAUACUUCUAAUAAAUGUCUAAGGGGAUAUGAAAAAGAUGACAAUAAUCAGUGUAAAGAUAUAAAUGAAUGUAGUUUGUCAAAUCGUUGUACAUCCAAUGAAAUGUGUAUUAAUACCAAUGGAAGUUACUACUGUUUACCAAAGUCAAGAAAUAAUUCUAACUUUUAAUACUAUAAAAUAUUUAAACAAAGUAAAAUGUGGAUCAUAAAUAUAAUGUAACAAAAAACAUUUUUUUAAGUUAUUGUGAUUAUAA